AUGAACUUACAAUCUGAUCAAAAAUCACAUUACAAUCCUCUUUCAAGUGAAUCUCAUCAUCAUCAACUUAUCCCUUCAAGUUCGACGUCUGUUUCAAACGAUUCAUCAGUAGAUUCAAAGACAAAGUCGACCAUCAAACGUCCCAAAACAACCAGAGCUUGUGAUCCAUGUAGAGGUAAGAAGAUCCGAUGUGAAGUACCCGAGCUGGAUCGGAAUAAUAAUGUAGAUCAAGCUUCAAUCGUUUGCGUUCAUUGUCGAUUACAUCAGAUUAAUUGUACUUGGUUCUUACCUAUCACUGAGACUCGAUUUAAACGAAAACGAAAGAAUCCAAGUUUCGAUUUAUCCAUCUCGACCCCAAGCUUUGAACCGAACCCACAAACUACUCAACAUCCACUUAAUCACCCAAUUCUGAACAAUCCAUCAAUUCCACCACAACCGCAACCACCAGUUCCACCAACUUACCCUUACCCCUACUCCCAAUCGCGAUCACAACCACAAUCUACACCACAAUCGCAGAUCAAUUUAAACCUGAACACUAGCCAAUGUAAAGAUCCAAACACUACCUCCAAUGAAACUACUUGUGGAAAAGCUCCGAGUUCCGGUAGCGCUAUACCAACAUUCAUAGCUUCUGACGAUAAUCGAAUCUAUGGAUCCACUUCCAUGUCUCACAUCAUGCACAGUACUACAACCUUCCCAGCCCACAAAAUUUCACAAUUUGAUGAACAAUUUUCUCAAGCCUUUGAAACAGGUGAAACAGGUGAAGGUUAUAUUCGGGUGAUUGGAACGGAUGAAGAGGAAGAAGAUGAUGAAAACAGUAGAACACCAAAUAUAGAAGCAGAUGAACCUAAUCCUUCAUUCGGAUCCCUCUUAUCACCUUUGACUACUAAAAGUCUCAUCCAAUCUUACUUUUCUCUUUCGGCUCGAAUCUUUCCAGUUUUAAAUCAAGAAGAGUUUGUAAAUCAAACUUCAGUAUCAGGAAGAUCAUCAAAUGGCCAUGAUGGAAAUGCAUUACUUUACUCUGUAUGUUGUGUAGGAGCAAUGAGCUAUAGAGUUGAUCCUGUGAUUAGGAAGAAAUUGAGAAAAGCACUUUAUCAACUGUAUCGUGCUGAUGAUUUACUACAAAGUUCAGAUAUCAACACUGUGAUAGUAUUGCUCUUGGCCGGCUAUACAGUCGAAUUUGAAGGUGCAAAAGUCUCAAAGAAAGCAUGGACGGCUAUAGGAGCGGCUGUCCGAAUUGCUCAGAGUCUCGGAAUGCACCGAAGUGGUACAUUUAAGAAUAGUCCACAAGAGUAUCGUCGGUUGAGACGUCAAAUUUGGGCAUGUUGCAUCAUUGCCGAUCGAUGGAUAUCCGUAAUGAUCAAAUUGACUGAUGAAAACUUAUUGGGAUUUGAUGAGCAUAGAGCAUUAGUAGAAUUAUCUAUUUUAGUUGGAAAAGUGGUGAAGUUGCUUUACUCUCCUACUGGUCUAACCAAUGUCACUGAUGAACAAGUCAACAGUCUACUGAAUGAAUUAAACCUUUGGUAUGCUCGACUGCCAGAUUCGCCCACAACCCCAGCCACGGCUUGGACAGCCGGUCACUUAAGAGUCUAUGCUGUACCUGUCCGCUUCCUAAUCCAUCGACCAUUUACCCAGCCUUCCAAUGGAAAUCCAGGGCGAUUACGUUUUGCUGUUGGAUCCCUAGAACUAGAGCAGAUGAGAGAAGAGACUGCUGAAUGCAUUCGGUGGGUUGAACUCCAUCCCGAUUUUCUUGAGGCUUGGGCCAUAGGUGCCUACUCUUUCUUUGUAUGUUGCUUGACACAGUACCAAGCAUACGUCAAGUUUUUCAGUCCAAGCGCACUCGAAGUUUUAGGUCGAGCCAAAGCUAUCUAUGAAGCAAUUCAAGCACCAGAGUGUUAUAUUCGAUUACGGACAUGCGAAGUGAUUAGAGCAUUACAUCGAGCUGCUACCCUCGCUGGUUCACAUCCAAUCGGUCCCUCUACGUCUACGACAACCCCAUCAGACCCAUCAAGAGAUCUCUAUGCUAAUACUUUAGGUCAAUCAACUCAAUGGGGCGAUCUUUUAAACCUAGAUGCUUUAUUUGGUCUGUUUAACAAUAAUCAAGCUAUGAUGAAUGAUUUAAAUUUUUUAAAUUUAAGAAAUGAGAAUUUAAAAGCCAUAGAAGAAGAAGACCCAAGAAAUAAAGAAAUUGAAAGUUAUGGAGGAAUUGGAUAUGGAGAUGGACAUGGAGUCGGUGUUGGAAUUGGAUCUGGAGUUGGAGUUGGUGUUGGAGUUGGUGUUGGUGGAGGGUUAAUUGAAAACCCUACAGAACAAUUUUGGUUAGGAAUGGGAUUGAGUAGAUAA